AUGGAAUUUUGGAUUUUUUAUAUUUGGUUAGACCGAACCCCAUCAUUGGGUGCAACUUCUUCUUCGUCUUCAUCAUCUUCAUCAGCUGCUGUUCGUGUUGAGAAGGCAACGAGCGAGUUCUUGAUCGGUCCUGAUUGGACUAUGAAUAUUGAUAUUUGUGAUACAAUCAAUUCUAACCAAUGGUUGGCAAAAGAUGUUGUCAAAGCUGUGAAAAAGAGGUUGCAGCACAAGAACCCCAAAGUUCAGCUACUUGCUUUAACACUUAUGGAGACAAUGGUGAAGAACUGUGGUGAUAAUGUGCACUUUCAAAUUACUGAAAGAACCAUAUUGCAAGACAUGGUCAAAAUUGUAAAGAAGAAGACUGAUAUGCAUGUGAGAGAUAAAGUGCUAGUACUACUGGACUCUUGGCAAGAGGCAUUUGGUGGCCCUGGAGGAAAGUAUCCCCAGUAUUAUUGGGCUUAUGAAGAAUUGAGGCGUGCUGGUGUUGAAUUUCCCAAGCGUUCAUUUGAUACAGCUCCUAUCUUUACUCCUCCUGUUACUCAUCCUGCACCAAGACAAGCGCAACCUGGUUAUGGAAUGCCAAGCAAUUCAUCAACAAGACUUGACGAGGCAAUGGCAGCAGAGGUGGGAAACUUAAGCUUGUCCAGCAUAAAUUCUAUGAGGGAUGUUGCUGAUCUGUUGGCUGAUAUGCUUCAAGCUGUGACCCCAGGCGAUCGUUUGGCUGUAAAGGACGAAGUUAUAGUUGAUCUUGUUGACCGGUGUCGCUCUAACCAGAAGAAGUUGAUGCAAAUGUUAACAACAACGGGGGAUGAAGAACUUCUUGCCCAGGGUCUUGAAUUGAAUGAUAACCUCCAAACUGUACUGGCUAAACAUGAUGCAAUAGCUUCUGGUUCUCCACUCCCAACUCAAGUCUCAAAUGACAACUUCUCUGCAAGAGGAAUGCAUGAUCCAAGCCUUAAACCUGUUGAAGUUAAACCAGCCAGUCCAACAGCAGAUGUCAAACCUUCUGCACCAGUUCUUGUAGCAACCGCAGGUCAAAUUGAUGAAGAGGAAGAUGAGGAAGACGACUUUGCCCAACUAGCUCGAAGACAUUCAAAAACAAGUCCAGCAGCCCAAACAAGUGAAGGAGUGGUCUCUGCCAAUACUAGCAAUUCUAUGGGAGAACCAUUGGAUCCUGUCGCAAGCAAUGCAUUAAUUCUUCGUGACCCACCUGCAACAUCCACGAAAGAACAAGACAUAAUUGACCUCUUGAGCCUCACCUUGUCAUCAAGUGUAUAUCCCGAAACAUCACAAAAUUCUGCUUCAGCUACUCAAAAUAAUCAGGAGCCGCUUGCCUCAACCACACAUGGGAAUCCAUACGCAUCUCAAGCUUAUAUUGGGUAUCAAGAUCAGAGCUUUAACAGUUAUGUAGCUCCUUGGGCUCAGCCCCAACCCCAACCCCAGCAUCAGUUACCACCCCAGUUUCAUCCUCAAUAUCAACACCAAGGCCAACCUCAGUUUCAUCCUCAAUUUCAACACCCAACCCAAGCCCAGUUCCAGCCCCAACCUCAGCCUCAUCCACACCAACAACCUCAAUCACAACUUCAUCAUCAAUCCCGACCCCAACCAUCCACUCAGCCUCAACCGCAGCAACCCCAAGAAUCUUCAUUACAAUCUCAGCAUACAUCACAACAGCUUCCACAAUCUCCUUUGCAACCUGAACUGAACCAACAACCUAGAACUCAGCAAGAACUUCAUCCUCAGUCUCAACUGUUAUCACCACGUGCUCAGACUCAGUUCCCACAGUACUCUGCUUAUCCACCUCCACCUUGGGCAGCAACUCCCGGAUAUCUGAGCAAUCCAAGUCCUUCGUCCAGACCAACCUACAUGUACUCAACUCCACAAGCAACCACAAAUACACCUGUGUCUUUGCAAGGCGCUAGACCCAUACAGAAUAUUAACUCGUUCCCCAAUAUGGGAAGCAAUGGUUUAGCUAUUAAUGGUGACACUCAAGUUCAUCCCAACCCCAAGACAACAACUCCCGCUUCUGGUCAAAAAACCUUCAUUCCAUCUUAUAGGCUGUUUGAAGAUCUUAAUGUUUUUGGCAACGGGGAUCAAAGACACAACUCAUCUUCUGGUUUAUCAGGAACUAACAGCCAGAGUAUGGUUGGUGGACGAAAAUGAGAAGCAUUUGUGGCACAUCUUCUAUACCAUGCUGUCAAUAUGAUGUACAUGAUUGGACCGUCCCCUACCCCUUCUACCCUCACUUGAUUUGGUUUUUUGGAGUUUGCAGGCAGAAUAGUGUUAUAAGAUUGAUUUAAUUCUGGCUGUUGGCUGUUACAUUAUCCGUGUUUAUGUUAUGCCACAGUUAAAUAAUCUCUUAGGGUGAUGAGGUUUGAAAUCUGUUACUGAAGUAACCAUUGAGUUGAUUUAUUUUUCCUCCCUUCUUUGUUAUGGGAUUAGGUUUAUGUCUCUAUACUGGCAGUGAAUAACUUGAAUUGGUGAUAUUGCCAUUUGUUGUAAGAUUAUUCUUCGUCACAAUAAGGAUUUGAUUAUCUUUAAAACUUA